CAUCAAGCCAAACACCCUCAGCCUCCUCCGUCUGUCUCUCCGCGGCCGUCCAUUCCCCUCGCCCAUCCCCUUGCGCCCGUGCGAUCUCGUCCUGCCCGCCGCCCCUCUCCACGCUUCCACUGCGCUCGCUUGCCUCUGUCCACACCCCCCCAACGCCCGCCCUGGUCAUUACUGCCAGAACAUGUGCGUCCGAUGAAUAACCGCUUCCGCAAACUGGUCGGCUCGACUCGUAGAUCCAGCAGCAACCAAUCCAUCACCACCUCCACCGCCACCCCCACCAACAACUCCAACUCCUCCUCCUCCAACCUCUCGCGACCCACCGCCGCUCCCACCCUCUCCUCCGCCUCUUCGACCACGGGCCCCGCUGCCCCCGCCGUAACGAACGGCACUGCCUCUCCCUCUGCCAGCAGCACAACCACCCACUCCCAGAGCCCAGCGGCCAACGUCAACACCCCCGCUGCAAGCAGCGACGUCACCCCCGCCGCCUCGUCGACCUCGGUAGGAGCCAUGAGUGGACCCGCACCGCUUGGUCGUCCACCAUCCUACCAGUACGCAAGCGCGGGCAAUCCCAAUCCCAACCACGCCGCGCCUGCAGGAAGGACAAACUCGCCAAUGGUCCCGCCCAUCAACACCGGCGCGGGCGCUGGCCACACCUACCCCGCCGGCCAAGCGUACAACCCCAAUGCCCCUCCUGUGUAUCCCUCGCAAGGCGGGUAUGGAUACAGUGGCGGUGCAGCGCCGCAGGGUAUGCAGAUGUACGGGCGACAGCCUACCGAUGAUGGCAAUCAGCGGAAUAAGGCCCAACUCAUUGUGGGCAUUGAUUUUGGCACUACCUUCUCCGGCGUCGCGUUCGCUUUUGCGACAAAUACCGAGGCGAAGGAGGACAUCAUUGUCGAAUGGCCGGGAGCUGGCACUCAGACCAAGCAAAAGAUCCCGACCGUCCUCUAUUACGACCAACACCAGCAAGUCGUUGGUUGGGGCCCUGAUAUCGCAGACGCUCUGGCACCUACCGGCUACCCCAAGCCUGGCGUGCAGAAAGUCGAGUGGUUCAAACUUCAAUUGAUGCUUAGCGGAAACACCUACAUUGACCCCAUCAACCUUCCUCCUCUUCCGCCGGGCAAGUCUGAGAUCGAUGUCGCCGCCGACUACCUGUUCAAGCUGCGCCAGGCCAUGCGCAAUCAACUUCAAAAGACGCUGGGAGAGGUGUUCAAUCGGGAAGAACGCAACAUCCGAUAUUUCUUGACGGUGCCGGCCAUCUGGAAUGAAGCAGGCAAGGCCGCCACGCGAGCAGCAGCCAUUCAAGCUGGUUUCCUGCGUGAUGAAAACGACAACCGACUCACCCUCAUCACCGAGCCCGAAGCAGCAGCCAUGUUUUGCUCCAAGACCGGUUUGCUCAACCUCAAGAUCCACGACGCUGUUCUCAUUGUCGAUUGCGGUGGUGGUACCGUCGAUUUGAUCGCAUACGAGGUCGAAGAGGAGUCACCGUUCACCGUUGCCGAGUGUACUGCUGGUUCUGGCGAUUCUUGCGGCUCCACUGCACUCAACCGAAACUUCUCCAACAUCUUGCGCGCCAAGAUCCGCAAGAUGAAACUUCCCGACGGCUCGCGAACGGCUGGCAAGGUGUACGCCAAGUGUAUCAUGGACUUUGAGAACCGAAUCAAGGCCGACUUCCGCAACAAUGGGCAGAAGUGGGCCGUCGAUGUGGGAAUCGAGGCGGAGUUUCCCGAGGCCGGAAUUGAGGAAGGCUACAUGACUUUCACCAAUGAGGAGAUCUUGCAGUGCUUUGAGCCUGUGGUGAACCGCAUUCUCGAGCUGGUUCGAAAUCAGAUUAUUGCUAUCCAGGCUCAGAACAGAGUGCUACAGAAUGUGCUUGUGGUCGGAGGGUUCGGUGCAUCCGAGUACCUCUUCCAGCAGAUCAAAUUGCACGUGCCACCUCAGUUCCAGAACAAGGUGGUGCGGCCCAUGGACUCGGUCGCCGCCAUCGUCAAGGGUGCAGUCACCGCUGGCAUUACCGAACGUGUCAUCACCUCCCGUGUCGCCAGAAGACAUUACCUGAUGGCGACUUUGCAACCAUUCAAGGAAGGACAUCAUCCGGAGCAGUACCGUGUGCCUUCGCUCGACGGUAAGGAUCGCUGCAAAUACACACGACAGAUUUUCGUGCAAAAGGGACAACGAGUCAAGAUUGGGGAGCCUGUCAAGGUGUCCUUCUUCCGACAAGUCGCCCCGGGCGCUACGCUCAUGUACGAGGACGUGCUAUAUGCGUGUGAUGAGGACGUCUGCCCCGAAUACACCAAAGACCCACGUAUAAAGGAAAUCGUCACCCUCACCUCCGACCUCAGCCGCAAGAACCUCGAGAAGGAUUUCGAGCGCAUGGACACGCCGCAGGGCACCUUCUACCGCGUCUACUUCGACAUCUACCUCACCCUCGACGGCUCCGAGUUCAACGCGGAGCUGGUCUGCCAAGGAGAGGUCAUGGGCCGCUGCUCUGCGCGCUUCAGGUAGAUGCGUCUGCCUAGCGAGCCCUCGAACUUUGGAUAGGGCCCGCGCUGGUGUCAUAGCGCGCGAAUAAUGAUUGUGCUUGUUGUUCGAAGAGCGCUGGGCGUUUGUCUAAUGCAGGAAAGGGAGGAAUGGCGUGGGAAUCUGGGUGCGAAGCCGGUGUUGGUAAUGAUGAGGAGCGUUGGUUGGGAGCUACCGCGUGCUCUCGGUCAUCUAUCAUGCUGGAGUAAUGAGUGCGGACCAGAAUUUGCAGGGAUUAGGUAGCUACAUAGUUGCGAGUAGAUAUCGUGAAUAUAACUUACCC